AUGGGUGAAGAAGAAACAUUUAUCGAACCGCACCAUGCGCUGGAGAAGCGUAGUGUGUUCUACGUGAAACACAAUUCCACCGAGAAGACGCAAAAAUCGAUCACCUCCAGCGACGAAAAGCCCACCCUCUGGCUGAAGGAGCACGAUGCGCCCCGAAUACGGCCCCACUUCAGUCUCGCGAAGACGACGCACUUCCUCUUCGACCUCAACCGCUACCGGUGCGACCAACCGGUGGGCGAUGAGUGCGCCAACCGGACGGCACUGUUUCGCGCCAAAAUAAUCGGUGAGCUGCGGAAGCGUCUGGCCGAACCGUUCGCGGAUGGGAACCACUACCGGGUGCGGUACAGCCGCCCGGUGGACAGUUGGAACCGUAGUCCGCUGUGCCGCGUGAGGCAGGCGAACGUGCGCGUCCUGUCGUGGAAGGAGCCACCGUUCGUGUGGAACGAAAUCGGAAGCCAUCUGCCGGCGACGCCCCUGUUCGGGAACGUCACCAACGGGAGUUGUGUCAUCGUGGCGAGCGCCGGUUCGUUGAAGCGCUCCGGGUUGGGCACGUUCAUCGAUGGGCACGACAUCGUGAUGCGGUUCAACCACGCACCGACCGAGGGCUACGAGGCGGACGUUGGCUCGAAGACGACGGUCCGGGUGGUGAACUCGCAGGUCGUCACGAAGCCCGACUUCAAGCUGCUGACGGCGACGCUGUUCCAGAACGUUUCGAUUGCCGCCUGGGAUCCGGGCAAGUUCGACCAAAGCCUAUCGGAGUGGUUGACUAACCCCGACUUUAAUCUGUUUGAGAACUUUAAAAAGUUCCGCACCGAACACCCGCAGUCCAAUUUUCACAUUAUCGACCCACGAAGUAUCUGGCGAGCGUGGACGGCCCUGCAGGAUCUCACCAAAAGCAGCAUCAGAAAGAAUCCUCCAACAUCUGGAUUUAUCGGUUUAGGAUUGCUGAUGCCCGUCUGCCGGUACAUCGACAUCGUGGAGUACAUACCGAGCACUCGUAUGAACGGCCUCUGCCAUUACUACGACGAAGAGCUCAACCUCGGCUGCACCUUUGGCGCGUGGCAUCCGCUGGCCGCCGAGAAGCUGCUCGUCUUCGAGCUGAACUCCGCCAGCGACUACACCGUCUUCCAGCAGGGCACCGCACGCAUCCUAGUCGAUCGGUCAGAGCAGUGCUAGGGGGGGAGGGGGCACCCCCUACGCUGCACGACUCACUUCCGGCACCUGUCGCGAUGAAUAAGGACCAGCUGGAAUGCCGUCCGCCGAAAGUGUCGACCGGCAAAACAAUUAAACAACGGAACGAAUUAAUUAAACCGCGUCAAGCCGACAGCUGAGGUCAGGCGACGGUGGACGCGGCUCGACGACCCUCACCCACCCGAUUAGACAUUCCACCCGAGUCGACCGGCCGUCUUCCGAUAGUAAUGGCGUUCGUCGCGUCUCCAACUCCGACACCUCGCUCGGUGGCGAGGGUGUGGUUCCCUGGGCGAAGGAUGUGU